CCUUUUCCCAUUUUUUCUUUAAAUAUGUUCUCCCAAUUGGUUUCUAGUUCCUUCUCUUUUGCUGACUUGGGAAAAAAGCUCUCCCCUUGCCCUCCCCUCCAAACACACACACACUGAUCAAUCAGCAAAAAGGGUUUGUUUUAAUCAAGGAGUAGGGGAAUAUCAUUGCUUGUUCCAUCAGCUGUGUUCUGUAGAAAGGAAAUUGAUCUUUGAGGUUGAAAGCACCUUGUGAUGCGAAACAAGCAGUUGGUAGAGGAAGCAAUUCACCAGACAAACUUCUGCACAAACCGAGCUGCUAUGAUAUUGUUAACACUUUUUACGUCGACUUUACAUUUGCGCCAGUGAUAUCUCACUUAAAUUAUGCUUAUAAUAUUUGUAGUCCUUAAGAGAUGGCCGAAGGGGAGGACAUUCAACAACUCGUUGUUGACAAUGGAACUGGAAUGGUUAAGGCUGGCUUUGCUGGAGAUGAUGCUCCCAGGGCUGUAUUUCCUAGUAUAGUUGGUCGUCCUAGACACCAAGGAGUAAUGGUUGGAAUGGGGCAAAAAGAUGCCUAUGUUGGUGACGAAGCUCAGUCUAAAAGAGGUAUUCUGACAUUAAAAUAUCCCAUUGAACAUGGUAUCGUCAGCAACUGGGAUGACAUGGAGAAAAUUUGGCAUCAUACAUUUUACAAUGAGCUUCGUGUUGCUCCUGAGGAACAUCCUGUUCUUCUUACUGAGGCACCACUUAACCCCAAGGCAAACCGAGAGAAAAUGACCCAGAUCAUGUUUGAGACUUUCAAUGUGCCAGCCAUGUAUGUUGCAAUCCAGGCCGUUCUUUCUCUGUAUGCUAGUGGCCGUACUACUGGUAUUGUGCUUGAUUCUGGUGAUGGUGUGAGUCACACUGUUCCCAUCUAUGAGGGAUAUGCACUUCCCCAUGCCAUCUUGCGGUUAGAUCUUGCCGGUCGUGAUCUUACUGAUUAUCUCAUGAAGAUUCUCACUGAGAGAGGUUAUAUGUUUACCACAUCUGCUGAACGGGAAAUUGUUCGUGAUGUGAAGGAGAAGCUUGCCUAUGUUGCAUUGGAUUUUGAACAGGAGAGCGAUACAGCAAAGAGUAGCUCGUCAGUGGAGAAGAGCUAUGAGCUUCCUGAUGGACAAGUCAUUACUAUCGGUGCUGAGAGGUUCCGAUGCCCUGAGGUCCUCUUCCAGCCAUCGUUGAUUGGAAUGGAAGCAGCAGGAAUUCAUGAAACAACCUAUAACUCCAUAAUGAAAUGUGACGUGGAUAUUAGGAAGGAUUUAUACGGAAACAUUGUGCUCAGUGGUGGAUCAACUAUGUUCCCCGGUAUAGCAGAUCGUAUGAGCAAGGAAAUCACUGCUCUUGCUCCAAGCAGCAUGAAGAUCAAGGUGGUUGCACCACCCGAGAGGAAGUACAGUGUCUGGAUUGGAGGAUCAAUUCUAGCUUCUCUCAGUACUUUCCAACAAAUGUGGAUCUCAAAGGCAGAGUACGAUGAAUCUGGUCCUGCAAUUGUUCACAGGAAGUGCUUCUAAGGCUGGGGGAGACAGUUGUGGUUAUAUAUCUCAUGUAAUCGGAAGUUUUUCAAUGGCGUGGAAUGUGGAUUUGCUUGCAGUUUUGAACUACUCUAUAUGAUAGAAAAUACAUCAGAGGUUUUUAGAAGGGUUAUGCUGGUAACUGAGUGAUAAAUGACUUUUCAUUUUGCUUUUAUGUUCCUAUAGGUGGGAUAUUGGAUUUUUUGUGUUAGCUUUCAACAUGUUAUGAAUGUGUUAUAUGUUAACCACAAGGUUGGUGUGGUGGUUCAGCACCUCACCCCUUAAGCAAGAGGUUGGAGGUUCGAUCCCCACUUCUGGUGAAUGGAGAAAAAUGGAGAAAACUCUGUGGCCAGUUUCCCACUGCUUAGUGCGUUGACCGUGGAACGGAGGAUUAGUCUCACGGCUACCGGCUGUGGGGAUACCUUAGGAAACCGAAAAAAAGAAUGUGUUAUAUGUUACAUAUAAUGGUAUUGAAGUGUGUGAGUUUGUGAUAA